GAGUCUGGCUGCAACGAAAACUGCGACAACCGGAUCAUGCACUACACUUGCGGCAAGAACUGCCCGGCUGGCGAGAUGUGCGGCAACAAGUCGCUCUGGAAGCGGAAACAGCCGCCUUUGAAGGUUGCAUUUACUGGUUCGCGUGGAUUCGGUCUGUUUGCGACGCAGGAUAUCAGCGAGGGAGAUUUCGUGAUCGACUAUCGGGGCGAAGUCAUCGCCUUGUCGACUUUCUACGAACGGUGUAAUGCCGAAUAUGCGGCUUCGAAGAACUACUAUGCGCUCGCGUACGACCAAGACGAGGUCAUUGACGCGGCGGCAAAAGGGAACGAGGCACGCUUCAUCAAUCACGGCUGCCAGUCUAAUCUCGAGGUGCGAAAGGUAUCGACGCUGGGCGAGGGUGUGGAGGAGUUCGAGGUGGGGAUGUGGGCGUCCAGGGAUAUUGCAGCAGGAGAAGAGCUCUGCUACGACUACAACUUUGACUCGUUCGCCGCUGCUACCGCCACCGAAUGCCGGUGCGGCGCCCCCAAUUGUAUCGGCUACCUCGGGCGG